AUCACGGUGGACAUGAAAGUGGGCGGGGCUUAUUUGAGACCGCGCGCGGUCUUUGAAAGAAAAUGGCGGAGCUUCAGAGUGGAGGAUUCGAGCCGUGUGAUGCCAGCAACAUCAGUAUUACCAGGGUCUCAGAAGUGUCUAAUGGAGUCAAACGGCCUCAUAAUAGUAACCACAUCUCAGGUCCUCCUCAGAAAUCACCUUGCACAUCACCUGCUCCUGAAACAAUGCAGCAUUUAGGAGAGGAGGAACAGCCGGAGGACUCAAAGAUGAGCUCGGUUGAGGACCGUAUCAGGGAAAAUGUGACCUUUACUGCUCCAGAACGAAGCCCUCGCUCACGGAGGAAAUCCUGGAGGAGAUCAUCCAGAGGCAGACGCUCUCUGCCGGCCUUCUCCAGCUCCUCGCAGCCACUGUGUGAAACCAUCAGUCUGUCUUUACCUGAUAAUGAGAGGCUGGAGAUGCUAAUUAAAGCUGCUAUGCAGAGGACCGUGAAGAGGGCCAAAAAUAGUCUGAACACUGUUCCUGGGGUUGAUGCAGAGACACUGCAGGCUCAAGUUGAAUCUUUGAAUGAAGAGUGGGACAGCCUGACUAAAGACAUUAGAAGAGAAACUCAGAAUUCACUUCCAACUGUUGAGAGUGACCCUGUUGUUAACGUGACCACUGCACGCAUUCAGGAGGACAUUAACAGGUUACAGGCUGAAACUAUGUCAUGGGAGUCGCUAUUGAACAAACACCAGAGCAAAGCUGACGAAUUAGACAAAUGUGUGGAGCGGGGUGAAGAGAAGGGGGUGCCACUGGACCCAUCAUGCUUUGCCAAGUCCUCACAGAGUCAGCUCAUUCUAAACAAACCUGACUAUAAGGCGGUACUCAUGGGACAGCAAAAACUACUCAGAAACAUGGAGUUAGUGAUGGACUCGCAGUGUUGUAUAAUGAGGGAACUGCUGUCUUUCCAUGAAACAUCACAGCUGCUGCUAAUGGAGACCAGCACCAGACUAGCUUCCAGGGCUGGAUUUCAGAAUCUCCCUUCAUCUCCAGUCAGACAGCUUGGGAUGGAGGUGGUGUAG